UCAGGAGUGGGUGGGACAGAGAGGUGUAAACAGCAACUGUGCUCUUCGUUUUACAUCCUGACUUGGUUUGUGACUUUGAUGGGAAUUAGUAAUCCAUCAGGUAGUAGCACAGAUGGACAACGAUGACGCGGUAGCGUAUUAAAAAUUCGUAUCACAAAAUGCGAUGCUAUUUCCACGCAUUUUUCCUUUGCGCGGUCUUCACCUUCUGCUCACUGCUAUAUGUGCUCAGUAAAGUAGCCUCUUCCUUGGAGGAGGGAGAGGAACAGUCGAGUGUAAGAAACCGGAGAGUACCGCACAGGAGCAGCCAUGACGCCGGGCACCUACUCAGGAAAGGCCCGGGACUGUUAGGCCUUCGACAACCUGAAAAUGAGCUUGACAGGUGUAAAUCACUGUCAGUUUCUUACUGGAAUCCAUAUUGGAGACUGCCUGCUGAUGUUUGUGGAGUGAACUGCUUAUUGGAAUCUACUCUUGGCGAAAGGCCAGACUCUGCAGUCAAGGCACAUAGGGAUGAGAGGAGUCACCUGGCUGUGGUGGCCUGUGGCCCCAGGCUAGAGGAGACUCUCACUAUGAUGAAGUCUGCUGUUCUCUUCAGCCAAAAGCCACUGCACUUUUACAUCUUUGCUGAGGACAAUCUACAUGAAGGAUUUAGACAUUCUCUGGAUUCUUGGCCCAGCACAGUUCAGACCAAAUUCAAGUUUACACUGUAUUCCAUAACAUUUCCUAAGGAGAAUGCAAAUGAGUGGAAGAAGCUCUUCAAACCUUGUGCUUCUCAGCGGCUCUUCCUGCCACUGAUCCUGAAGGAAGUGGAUUCUUUGCUUUAUGUAGACACUGAUAUCCUCUUCCUGAACCCAGUAGAGGACAUUUGGGCUCUGCUUUCACAGUUCAAUUCAAGCCAGUUGGCAGCAAUGGCCCCAGAGCAUGAGGAGCCACGCAUUGGCUGGUACAACCGCUUUGCCCGUCACCCUUAUUAUGGCAAGACAGGCAUCAAUUCAGGUGUCAUGCUUAUGAACAUGACUCGCCUCAGGGAGAAAUUAUUUAAGAAUGACCUGACCACAGUUGCACUACAUUGGGAGCAAAUUCUGAUGCCUCUUCUUCAGAAGUAUAAACUCAACAUCACUUGGGGGGACCAGGAUCUUCUUAACAUCAUAUUUCAUCAUAACCCAGAAAGCCUGUACAUGUUCCCCUGUCAGUGGAACUACCGUCCAGACCACUGCAUGUAUGGCAGCAACUGUCAACAGGCUGAGCAGGAAGGUGUCUUCAUUCUCCAUGGUAACCGGGGAGUGUACCAUAAUGACAAGCAGCCAGCAUUUCGAGCUGUUUACGAAGCCAUCCAAAAGUACCCGUUUGGCGAGAACAUGGAGGCUUUGCUGCUCGAGCCACUCGAAGAGUCGCUGCAGGCCGCCACACACACCUACUGUGGAAGAGCCAGUCAUACCUUUACCAGGAGUUUAAAACAAAGUGUCACGUCUGUUCAACAGGAUGUUACACAAAGACGACAAUCAGGUCACCACAUUGAUGUCACUCCAUGAAUGAAGAUGCACUCCUGUGGAGCAAAUACGUUGGAGGAGAAAUGAACUCGGAUUCACUUUGAUCCCUCACCUUAUGAUGUGACGCUAAUGUUGUUAGAUGUCUGUCCAUUGAACACAGCCAGGUCACACAAUCUCUCUGACCAUGCUGGAGAGUAUCCUGUGAUUCCACUUUGCCCUGCAGAGAUUUAAGACUUCAUAGUUGACGAAAACGAUCGGCUUUUUAUUUUAUAAGAAAGAACCUACAAUCAUUAGUAUAUUUUAUCUAAGGUCUUAAGGGGGGAAAAUCCUCAACACGGUACUUAAUCAUUUAGAGUAUUUUUAAUUGCAGUUGUUUUGAUAGAAUUUGGCAUAAUGGCUUUUUUAAUGCAUUUGUCUAUGCAGAAUAACAGAAAAGUGGUUAUUUUCAGGUACUUGUUAGCGACACAAGAUGAACAAAACCUGUUCAUUAAGCAUACCUCAAACCUGUAGAGUAGAAUCUGACCAGUAUUUAUUAUUGAUUAACAUCCGUGACUGGAAGCACUUUUGAUGUUUUACGUGUAUUGUGUUACCACACAGAAAUCUCAUGACACCUCCAUGGAUUUUCAACAAAUGUGAACUCAUCUCUGACCCCCGUCAUCUUAUCUCGUCUUAAAAAUGGUGUCAAAUAUUUGAUGGCUCAACCUGUACUUGGGUGUUUACACAUGUUCAUCCAAUAAAAUGUGGCGAGCAGCUGGCCACAUCAGUCCAGUAAAAUUGCACUUUAUUAUUCGAGGGUUAUAGUCGCUGGCAGAAUGUACAGUAAGUUUUUGAUUUAAAGUAAUUUUACACUGAUCAAAUGUUCUGUUUCACUGAGAAAUGGACAUCCAAUGGGUCGGUCUGCUUUGACCUGUGUUUCACUGGGAAUAUAACAUCAAAGUUAGUGGUGUGAGCAUUCAGAACAUUUAGACAUAUACUGUAGCUAAGGUGUGCAAAGAAAAGAAGGAGGCAACAAUGCAUCAUCCACGACUGCUGUAAAACACCAAAGCAGAAAUAAAAGACUAUGCUUUAAUACUAA